GCUAGCCCUUUGCAAUUCUAAGCUACCGUGGAUGGGGUGUUUCCUAUAGAGCACAGGCUCGAGGUGAUGUAUGAAUGGACAAGGAGAUAAAACAAUAGCUAUAACAUGAGUAUCAAUAACCCUCCUCAAAAAACAUGAGUAUCAAUAACUACAAUGGCCAAACAGUCCAUAGAACCUGAAAUGGACUACAAUGGAACCUACAAUGGCCAACAUUAUUCAGUUAAAGCAGCAAGACUACAAAGAAGAGAACAAUAAAUAUUUCCCAUGUAGUUUAUGAACAUUGUCUUCCCAAGGUUGAGCGGUCGACUCCAGGAGAGUGGGGGGAAACUGCGCAUACCACAUAACUGCCAGAAUGGAACCUGAAAUUCAUCGACCGGACACGUAUUUCUGUUGCUCUCCAGACAAAGGCUCACAGAAACUACAAAUGUGGUUAUUUUUGGCACUUAUCUGAAAGCACAUUACAAUAAUGCUUAAAAAAAUUGGUUAUUACCAAGGCGUGCUGAGUACAAGAAAACAUGAAGUAUUAUAGCCUUUUGCAAUGCCAAGCUGACGUGGAUGGGGCGUUUCCGAUGGAGCACAGGCUCAAGGCGAUGUAGGAAUGGACAAGGAGAUGAAACAACAGCUAUAACAACAAGAAACAACAAGAAACAACAAGAAACAAGCCCGCCACUAGUUGGCUUCUGCUUCUGCUAAUAACAAUCUAGCAGUAAAAUAUAUGAUAGUAAACGAAUAGUCUUGGACGUUCUUGGUCCUGAUCAUUGUUAUAUUCUAGCCUUGGGAAAGUUCCACGCAAUUUUCUGAACUGGGAUUAAGUUAAAAUAUCCGUAUCUGGACCACAACUCGAUGUCUCAAGCCCAAUUGGAGCACACCGUCCAAAUUUUGUAGGUUUUCAGAUCUAGUACAUACAAAAAUGAAGUGGUAUAGAAGUUUAAGCCCUCCAAGAAUUAAUAACUUAACAUAUGUGCACAGGCCAGAUGCUGAAUAGGUUAACACAUAGCCGAGUCACAUGGGAAGUUGGGAACAAGAACAAUGAUCACAAUGAAAUUAAAAACAGAGAUACUAAUGCAUUGCUUAACAAUAUACAAUCCAGAGGGUUACAAAUCAUGAUAUAGCACGGACACCGAAAAGAUCAAAUUUUACUAACUAACUAGGGAUCGACUGGACUGGGUAGAACUAUUACCAAACAGAGGCUAAAUACAGUUACCCGAAACAAGGUGCUGAAAUGAGACUCACGAUUCUUUCUAAAAGUAAGUGCAAAAGGUUCCAGUUUCAGUCUUAGUGUUGUCCAACAAACAAAAAGUCAUUAUACGAUGAUAAUAUUAGUCUUUUACUUAGAAACACCUUCAGGUAAAUUAUGUUACACAAACUGACAAAGGAAAAUGGCAAAAACAAAGUUGAAGAGACGUUUACUAACGUUUCACUAGAAUAUGGGCUAACAAAACAAGACGAUGCAACUCGGGGAAGUUUCUAAGGAAAGCAUUAGUUUUAUACUCACGAUUCUCUCUUGGCUGCAUUCAGAUGCCAACUCUCUUCAAAUCAACAUUCGUUUUCCUUUAUGCGGCCACUUGAAACCAGUAUUUGACAACUCCUUCGAGUUGCAGCAUCUGAGCUGCAAUGGCUGCUUCAGCAGUAGGAGGAUGGGUAGCCUCAGCUUUCAUCGCCAAGCUAGUUGAGAAAGCGUGCUCCUAUGCUGGAGACCAGUAUGAAUACCAACGGAAAGAUACAAAGGAGAAACUGAGAAUCCUAGAGAGGAAUCUAUCAUCGAUCCAAACAGUGAUACAUGUAGCUGAGAGAGUGCAGGCAAAGAACACAGCCAUGGGAAGUUGGCUAGGGAGAAUCAAAGAUGCUGCCUGUCAAGCUGAGGAUGUUCUCGAUUUGUUUGACUAUCGCGUUCAACAAGCACAAGUUGAAGACAAUGGCAUGAUUAACAAAGUUGCUUCAGCUGCAGCUGGCUCAUCUUCUUCACCCGCAAGCACCAUCACCACUGCCUCUACCACCACUAGCAGUAGCAGCAGCUCAACAGUAAAUCAGUCGGUUCGUCUUCUCAAACGCUUCCUUUUAUCUGAUGAAGAUAUAGAUGAGUUAAUAUCUGUAGUCGAUAAGUUUGUUGAGAUUGAUAGUGAGUUGCAAAGAUUUCUGGAGUUUGUGAACAUAGAGGACAGCAAACCAGAACAAGUAGUUCAGUGGCGCACAACAACCUCUAUGCCAGGCUCAGGGAAUUUCUUCGGUCGGGUUAAUGAAGAAAACCAUCUGAAGAAAUUACUUGUUCAGAUCAAUGAACAAUCCAGCCAGCCAUAUGAUGUUAUAUCAGUUGUUGGUAUUGGUGGUGUUGGUAAGACUGCUUUAGUACAGAGAUUGUAUAACCACCGUUAUGUCAAACAUCACUUUGAUCUCACAGUAUGGCUCCAUGUCUCAGAUAAAUUUGAUGUUGGGCGUCUAACAAAAGAGAUGGCACAGUCAAAUCUCAGCAUAUUUGCUGACUUGAACAGCAUCAGUAGUUUAGAUCAAGCUCAGAGCAUACUUCGGGAUACGCUGAAUGGGAAAAGGGCUUUGAUAGUCCUUGAUGAUGUAUGGAACGUAUUGAGGAGCCAAUUGGAGAACCUGUUCAAACCCCUGCAGUUUGUUAGUAAUGGCAGCAAAGUAAUAGUUACGACUCGAAGCAAAAAUGUUGCGAAUAUGAAUGCACCAACAGAGAUCAUGCACUUACAUGGCUUAGAAGAUGAAGAUUACUGGGGUUUCUUUUCACAAUGUGCAUUCGGUGAUGCAAAUCCUUCAGAUUUUUCGCAACUGAAAAAAAUUGGCCGAGAAGUGGUGAGCAAGUUGGCAGGAUCACCUUUAGCAGCAAAGACAAUUGGGGGUUCAUUGAAAGCAGAGCUAGAAGAAAAACAUUGGAGUGCUAUCUGUGGAAGGAAAUUGUGGCAAAUAGAGCAAAAGGAGGAUGAUAUCAUAUCAGUAUUGCGACUGAGUUAUGAGCAUCUUCCUGACCAUUUGAAGCAAUGCUUUGUUUACUUUGCAUUGUUUCCUAAGAAAUGCCACCUUCGAGGAGAUGAGCUAAUACAGAUGUGGAGAGCUCAUGGUUUCCUUAACACACAAGCACCAGAUGAAAUUGCAUAUCGUUAUAUCAACGACCUGUUGCAGCUUUCAUUCAUUGAGAAGGUACCCAACCAAGAGGACCAUUAUGUAGUUCACGACUUGCUGCAUGAUGUUGCAGAGUCGGUCUCCAAUGGAGAACACUUCAGAAUAGAAGAUGACUUCAAUGUAUGUAUUCCAAGAAAUGUUCGCCACUUAUAUGUCAAUGCAAGCAAUAUCUUGUGCAUGAGUUCGGAAGAAUUGAAAGAAUCAAAAAAGAAUCUGAGAAGCUUAAUAAUAAGCAACGCACAAGAAGGUUUUCCCUGCAAAAGGAUCGCCUCGUCAAACUUCAACCAUAUUCUUGAUCAGACACUCCAAGAUCUAAGAAGCUUAAGGGUCCUCGUAUUGCACAAUCCUGAUGGUAUUCUCCCAGACAAAAUCGAUCAUUUGAAACAUCUUAGGUAUCUAAAUAUUCAUGAAAGUAUGAGCUUUACCAGUGUCCCCAAGUCAUUAUUCAAGCUCUACCAUUUACAUGGAUUGAGUCUGCAAACUCAUCAAGACUGGAUCAUGGAAAAGGCACUCCAAGAGGGCUUAACUAGGUUGACCCAGUUAAGAUACUUGAAGGCUCCGAAUAAAAUAAUUUCAGGCAUAGAAUCAAUUGGCAGGUUAAGAUCCCUCCCGGAAUUAGAGGAGUACAAUGUGGACAGUAACAUGAAGCGCAACAUAUGCCAACUGGGAGAGUUGAAUGAACUUCGAGGGAAGCUAACCAUAACAAAUCUUCAGAAUGUAAGAUGCAGGGAAGAAGCACAUGAGGCAAAAUUAUUUGAUAAGAAGAACCUGAACAAGCUAACACUCCGCUGGAAUCAUCUCAAACAAAGCAUCACCAACAGUGACCAUGAUGGAGUGUUUGAAGGAUUACGACCAAACCGCAACUUGAGAGAACUUUGUGUCAUACGUUACAUGGGAAUCAAGUCUCCUGUUUGGCUAUCCUCUGAAUUCUUAUCCAACAUUCACUACAUUGAACUGCUCUCCUGCCAUCACUGGGAGACCCUUCCACCUUUGGGGAGCUUACCCUUCCUGAGGAUUUUAAAGAUAAUGCAUCUGAAGAAACUGGAAAAUAUUGAUUCUGGAUUCUAUGGCGGUGCUGCAGAGGCAUUCCCAUCACUAGAAGAGCUUCUAUUUGAAGGCAUGACUCAGUGGAAAGGAUGGUCAGGCGUUGAGAACAACCAGCAUGCAUUUUCUCGCUUGCGUGACAUCCGUAUCAAGAAAUGCAAUGAGUUAGUGGGACCUUUGCCGCUCCCACCAUCAUUCAACGCAAUCAAAAUUUCAGUAUGUGACUCAACCUCUGAGAAGCUAAACAGUCGUGAACCUGAAGAUAGAGCUGAUGGCAACAUGUCCCUCGGUGUUCAGCUCUCCCUGGACCGCUUGGGAUUUCUCUUUAGCUAUCUGCAAACAAGCAGCCUAGCCACCGUUCAUAUGCUGGAUAUCUCAUCCGACUACUUGGAAGCUUUUAACACUGAUCAGGAGGAAUGGCUGCAACAACUCACCUCAGUGAAGGAAAUUCGCUUGACUGGCUGCCUAAAAUUGACAUCACUGCCAUCCAACAUGAUUCAUCUCACAUCCCUCGAGUCUCUGUGCAUGGAGGAAUGUCCAAAACUUGAGUCGCUUCCGCAGAUAGGCUUACCUCUUUCCCUGAAGAAACUCAGUGUCAUAAGAUGCAGCAAAACAUUUAGUCAGCUCUGCUCUGAGAUCAACUUAAGCAGCACCAACACGAUACAGCAGGUUAUCGUGAGGGAACCCAUUGUUGGCAAUGCAAUAAAAAGAAGAAGGACAUCAUCACAAUAGAAAAACUGUAAGCAUGCCGAACAUGUUCUCUUUCUUUUUCAUCAAUAUGAAUUGAAGAAACAUAUAAUUCAACCUUAUCCAAUCAAUUAACAAGAUAAAUGGAAAUAAAAAAUAAUUAACUAUGUGGCUUGCUAUUCUAGAAGGUCAACGUCAAACAAGAUAUUCAUGCUUUUUUCAAUGCUUCGGUUUCUUUGCAGCUCGGAAGUGCAGAAGGUUCCUCUUCUAGAGGAUAAAUGGCUGAACAAGUGCCCGGUUCAGCAGCCUGCUCCAACUCUCUUAUCCAUUGUGAUGACUGAAUCAAGAACAGGCGCAUUGUUCAGGAGGCUCACCCUAAUUUGCGGCUCUACUGGACAUAAUCAGAACUGUAGUGGCUGUUAUAAAUCAGUAAUUUGCGGCUCUAUUGUUCUGGAGGAUGAUUUGAGGGGUGCAGUAGAUCGUUGUUCCAGGAAGAUAUAGCUAUUUUGCUUGGGUCUUACUUAGGCAGAAGGUUAAUAAUCAGGCUUCUUGUUAUUUUGUUAAUAACUUAAUAUGCUGUUCUUGCUCACAGCGCCUAAAGACUUUUUUGUGAUUCUUUGCUCCUACUAAACAAAAUUAGACGCUUGGGCUUAUGCAUAUUAUGGUAAAAAAAAACAAGUAGAAUUUUGCAAUCCCACAUGAACAUUAGUUAAGUAACACUCCAAUUUACAAUACCUUACUAUUCUAAGCAUUAUUUUGUAUACGAGAAAUAAAGAUAUGAUAGGCGAAUGGCAUCCUUAUCUUAUUUUCAGAAAUCAAAUUAGAUGGUCAAAAAAGAAACUCGGCAUGCUACCUGUAUAAUUACAUCCCCACGCACUCAUCUAAUGGGGAACCACUCCCAGUAUUGACCAUAAUCUGAUGAUUUGACAUGGCACAUUCAUUCGCCCCACCCAGAGCGAAUGACACAACAAGUGUCUUGGCAUAUUUCAGAACAGUGUUGAAGCAAUCAUUCAAAUAAUCUGUAGUUGGGCAUGGCUACAAGCCUAUGACAAGCUGCUGCACUGUCACAAUAAUUCAGAGAUUACCGUAGACUCUGUUUACCAUUAUUAUCUCACGCAAAACUGAGCUAGGGUUCUACAAUUUUGUCCAGCUGAGCAACAAACUGUGGUGGCAGUAAGCACUACUCGUCCCAUCACAGAAGACAAAUUAUGUGUGGGCUCCAAAUCUUGAGUCCACAGACUGCACUGUCACUGUAUCGCAGCCCCUGAAUCCAGAUCCGAAUCAAUUCCCCAGGCACUAUUAUAAUUUGGAAAGCGCGGGCGCAGUUAAAAAGGAAGGAUUCAGCUCGCCCGGGAACCAGAACGGGGGCAGAAAACAUGAGCUCAGUUAGUCGUAGGGAACCAUGGUUGCACUCAAGCGAGGAUAAAUCGGUGGCAACCAACAGCAUUUCAUCACUGGAUUACAGGACGAGGAGACCUGAGACCGACGAUGUAGACGGGAC